UGUUCACUGCCACCUUCCUACAAUGGACUACUACUACUCCUCCUCCUCCUCUCCUCCAAACCCUCACCCCAACCCCAGCCCUGACCCUAAUUGCGCUUCCCAGUUUGAAUUCCUUUACCAUUAUCUCAUGCUCGAAGAUGGCUCUGAGGAAGAUUCAUGCUCGCAGACUACGGCGGCAGCAUCGGCCGUAACAGUUACAGGUACUGGCCAUAUUGAUCAGCUGAUCCACACUGCAACUCCUACACAUGAUGGGGUGAGGAGAUCAAAGGAGACUGAUGAUGGGGCUCGAGUUGUUGCUUUUAGGACGAAAUCAGAGCUCGACGUCAUGGAUGAUGGAUUUAAAUGGAGGAAGUAUGGGAAAAAGAUGGUGAAGAGCAGCCCAAAUCCAAGGAACUACUAUAGAUGUUCAAGUGGAGACUGCCAAGUGAAGAAGAGGAUAGAAAGGGACAUAGAAGAUUCAAGCUAUGUGAUAACUACAUAUACAGGAAUCCAUAACCAUCCAAUCCCUGGUGUGGGGUACUACAACCAGAUGCCUCUCAUGGUUCCUUAUGACUAUGACUGGACUUUACAAGCUUCCUCCCAAUCUCCUUUUUCUUGAAUUAAUUUCCAAGAUGUUUUUUUCCCUUGGAAUUAUGCAAGUAAAAGUGUAGUGUAUCAUGUAUCAUGUAUCAUGUAUCAUGUAUCAUGCUGUCUA